UCGUCGAAAUAGCAGAAAAUAUGAAUGAUGUUAAAAAACAUGUGUGUUACGCCUACGCUAGAAACUUAGGAAUAAAGUCUAUCAUCCUGAAACGGACGCCUCAGUUAAAUUCAUCUCGACGCCAAAGAUAAACUACCGACGCUCUAAUCAUGUCUGGCAAAAGGGACAAACAGCUCGAAUCCGAAGUCUUGAAUUGGAUCUUCGAAGUUCUAGGAGAACCAGUUCCGAAGGGAGAGUUUGAAGACAUACUGAAAGAUGGUGUAGUUCUAUGUAAUCUUAUAAACAAAUUGGCACCGGGUUCUGUGAAGAAAAUUCAAACGAAAGGAACAAAUUUUCAGUUGAUGGAAAAUAUACAAAGAUUCCAAGCUGCUAUCAAAGCUUACGGAUUACCACAAGAGGAAAUAUUUCAGACUGCUGAUCUGUUUGAAAGAAGGAAUAUACCUCAGGUGGCUCUUUCCCUGUUUGCCCUAGGUCGUAUAACUCAGAAACAUCCAGAAUGGAAUGGUCCCACUUUAGGACCCAAAAUGGCAGAUAAGAAUGAAAGACAUUUCACAGAAGAACAACUCAGGGCACAUGAGGGAGAAUUGAACCUCCAAAUGGGAUACAAUAAAGGAGCCUCACAAUCUGGUCUUGGUUCAUUUGGAAAUACGCGACACAUGUAGAAUACAUAAUGUACUCACGAAUUUGAAAAUAUUUUUUUAUUGUUUCGUCGUUUAACUCGAAGUAUGAUUCUAGCAAAUUGCAUUGACAACUGAUUGAAUUUAAAUGCCUUAUUGCGAGCUUUACGUGGGGUAUGAUUAGUUUAAAUUAAAAAAAAACUAUAUUUAUUAACUAUACCACUGUAUAUUUUACGCUCUGCUCUAUGAAAUUGCAGCAAGAGAUCUCCUUUUUGUUUUUUUUUGUACGAUUCUUAAUGAAUGAAAUGCAAAUAGAAAAUGUUUAUUGAAUAAAGUAUUUUUAGAUUUAAAAA